AUGUCAUCACGUAGCUCUGGGGUGGCCUUAGGGCUGGGUUCCCAGCCCAGCACCCCUCUGCCAGCGCAAAGAAAUUCCUUCCCGGCGCUGCACCUCCUGCCCCCGCGGAGCCGCUCGCUCGCCCUGCUCAGCCAGGAGGAUUUCUUCGAGAGCUUCAGCGGGAGCUUCUGCAACAGGAGCGAUGUUUUGGGGGCUGAUCUGUUGGACUGCAACCACUCCAUCCCCGACCCGCAGCUGGUCCGGAGGAUCGUGGCCCAGGUGGAGUUCUACCUCUCUGAUGAGAACCUGGCCAAGGAUGCUUUCCUCCUGAAACAUGUCCAGAAAAACAAGAUGGGCUUUGUCAGCAUCAAACUGCUGACGUCCUUUAAGAAGGUGAAAUACCUGACGCGCGACUGGCGGCUCACGCUCUACGCCCUGCAGUUCUCGGAGAUGCUGGAGGUGAAUGAGGAAGGCACCAAAGUGAGACGGAGGGUCCCCAUCCCCGAGUCCCUGCUGAGCAUCCCCCCCAGCAAACUGCUGCUGGCCUGGGAGCUGCUGCCCCAGGAGCAGGGCUUGCUGCCGCCGCUCCAGAAGAAUUUCCUCGAGACCAUCACGAGGAUGUUCAGCCCCUUCGGAGCCAUCGCCUCCAUCCGCAUCCUGCGGCCAGGCCGCAAGCUGCCCUCGGAUGUGCGGAAAUACACAUCGCGCUUCCCGGAGCUGCUGAGCAAGUGCUGCGCGCUGGUGGAGUACGAGAGCCUGGAGAGCGCCCGCAGGGCCUUUGAGGACCUCGGCCGCCAGAGCUGCCCGGGCGGCGAAAGCAUCAGGGUGGUCCGGCUCUGUGGGAAAGGUUCCAAGAAGAAACCUGGGGCUGAGAGGGAGGCGGUGGAGGAGCUGGCGGACAGACGGGUUGCAAGGCGCCAGCGGCGCUCCACCCCCGGGGACCCCCGGCCCUGCAGCGCCCCGGAGUCAAGCAGUGCCCCAGCAUCCCUGCCCCUCUUCCUGAGCAAGGACCCCUUGGCACCCGCCUGGCCCAGCAGUGGAUUCAAGCCCAGCGACUUCGGCAACACCUUCACGGGAUCGCUCCUCGCCAGCAAAGUCUUCCCUCCGCUCGGGGCAGGCUUGGGCACCGAGUGGCCCCACGGCUGCAGCUGGGGGAGCGGGGCGGGCACCUGGGAGCCCUGGUGCAGCCAGCCCUCUCCGGAUGCCAAACCCCCUCCCAGCAACCCCCUGGCAGCCAAGCAACCCCCCGAGCUCCUCAGCCUGUGGGACGGGUUGCUUCGCCUGCCCCAUGGCCCUGAUGGCACCAAGGGCUUCUGCAGCAGCGUUGGGAGAGGAAAGCUCAGCCUCCGGCACUGA